AUGAUUAUUUUAAUAAUAUUACUUGCUCUUCUCUCUUCAUCUAAAAUGGUUGUUGAUGUUUUAUCUUUUAGAGAACCUAUAGAACCAGAAAAUGUUGUUAGAAAUUAUGAUAUGAAAGGACCAAUUAUAGUAUUUGAAAAUUAUGUACAAAUUACUCCAAAUGGUAUUGGAAAAAGUUCAAUAAUGAAUGGGAAAUAUAAAGUAGAUUUACCAAGUUUUGAAUUACAAUUAAAAUUGAAUAUUAUUUGUAAAGAAAAAUGUGGAGGAGGGAUGGGAGUAUGGUUGACUGAAGAAAAAUUAAAAGAAGGAGAUUUAUUUGGAGCAUAUAAUAUUUAUAAAGGAAUUGGAAUAUUUAUCAAUUUUGAAGAUGUAGACAUUCCUAUGAUAUCAGUACUAAAAAAUGAUGGAGUUGAUAUAUUAAAAUAUAAACCAGAAAUGUAUUAUCAAUGCUCUGUAGCUAAUAUACAAAAAGAUAAAGAUGGAGCUGUUUUGAGAAUUAAAUACUUAGUUAAUGAAAAAAAACUUAUUAUUGAAAUUAUGGUUAAUCAUAUUAAUAUGGAUUGUAUUACUAUUGAAGAUAUUGAUAUUCCUCCAUUCUAUCUUGGAAUAUCUGCUACAAAUGGAGGAAGUGGUUCAACAAGUUAUAGAGUUCAGUCUUUACAUUAUUAUGAAGUUGGUAAUAAAGAAAGAAAAGAAGUACAUUUAAACAAUGUUGUAGAAAAUGAACAAAUAAAUGAUACUCCAGAAACAAAAGCAGAGCAAGCAAGUAAUAGAAUUAAAGAAAGAAAACAAAAUAAUAUUAAUAAAGAAAAACAACGUGAAAAUGAACGAAUUGAAAAUCUUCAAAAAUUAGAGGAAGCUAAUAAACGUUUAAAUGAAAAUGAUCAUCUCACUGAAGAGAAUAAGAAAGAAGAAACACAAAACAUAAAAUUGAAUAACUCUUUAAAUGAAGAAGAAGAAAUGAAAGAACAAAUAACAAUAGAAGAAGAUAAAAAACAAGAAGAAAUAAAAGAUCAACAAAUUAUUGAGGAACAAAAAAAACAAGAAGAAAUAGUUCAAAAACAAGAACAUAUGAAAGAAUUAAAACGAAUAAGAAUUCAAGAUGGAUUGUAUAAAAUUUAUAAGGCUAUUGCACCAAUGAAAAAUGCCUUAGAUAAAGUUGCUCAAGUUAAAAAAGAUGAUGAAUUAUUAAAAUUAUUUGAUGGAAUUGUUGUAGAUGAAAAUAAUAAAGCUAAAAACCAGUUAAAAGAAAUUUUAGAUCAAAUAGAAUUAGGUAAAGUAUCAAAUAAUGUUUUUGGGGUUCGUUCUGAUUUAGUUCAAGUUAAAGUAUUAUUUUCAGGUGUUCAACAGAGCUCUUGGAAAAUAGUUUGGAUAGUUUUAUUAAUAUCUCUUAUUUUAGCAGCAUACUUUGCAUUUAAAUUAUCUAUGGUAAAGAAAAUAAAUCAUUAUGAUUAA